AUGAACUCACGAGCAAGCUACAAGUAUUAAAGCCAUAAAUUCUGAGAAAGUAAGAGCAUUAAAUGCUAUCAAGUAUUUCAGAAUUGAAAUUUAUCUGUGGUGAUCAAAUGAGAUUACACUCACUAGUCCAGGCGGAUUUGGUGUAGUUGGCACUAAUCUGCCCUGGCUUGAGGGUUUAUGACUUUCUGAGCGCGUGUAUCUUACUGGUUUAUUCCAGGAUCCAUUGCAAAAACUAUUUUAGCCUCCGCUACAGCGACUCAGACACAAACGACCCAUAGAGCCACAUUCAUACAAGCAAAGCAUAUAAUCGUCGGUCAGUAAAAAAAAAGAAAAAAAAAGAAAAAAAAAAGUUUAACUCACAAAAUAAUAAUAAGGAAAAAAACUGUCUUGAUUCAGUUGUUCGGUUCGGCUGAGCAGUUUGCGCCAUCUUACUUUUACUUUUCAGUCGACACGUAUCUCACCAACGCAACCCUCAGUUUGCCUUAAAAAAGUCGACGUGCACAUUUGUAAUCCAUUUGAAACCUUCGUUGCGGAUUUUUACACAAGGCGCGCAAAGACUGCAGAGUAUCAGUUGAUUCAACACGCAUUAUUUAAAUGAUUUUCUUGUUUUUAUUUAUUUUUUAAGGUUACGCACAGAGAAAAGAACAAAAAGAGAGCACUGCAGUGGAGCACCUUAAUUCCUGCUGGUAUCUUGCAAGCCCAUAUCCUGACAUACAACAGCCGAUUUGUUAUUGAUCAAGUGUGAAAGUGAGUACUUCUAUUUGGAAAAAAAAGAGCAAAGUUGAGAGUUGAUAGACUCGCAUGACGUCGCCAUCCAAAGGAGGGCUGCCAGGCGCACUUGAGGCUUACUGCAACGAGCCUUGUUAAAGAGGAAAAAAUAGAGAAAUAGAGAAUGAGAAGGCUUGUUAGUUAGCGCAAGAGAAGGGAGGGGUGAGGAAGAAACGGGGAGAGGGAGAAAAAGAGAGAGAGUGUGUGUGAGAGACCAUGGGUUUGGGCAGGGCUGUGGUUACCCAGCAUAAGCUUGCCUUUCCCUUCGGUGACUACACCCCGAGAGGAGGAGCGUGGUGUGCAGCGUAGUAGGCGUCAGGAUCCUCAAUUUCCAACUUAGCAUCUUGGCAGGACAUUUUCCCAAGCAAAGCCCCCGUCCGACGGGUAAAAAAAAUAAAACUUCUGCACGGCAUGAGAGCGACGGUGCAACUCAGAUAAGGGAGCAACAGAAAGACAAAACGGCACAAAACCUCUAACGGAGAGUGGCUGGCUGGCAGCGACCAAAAAUAAUCCACCCAACACUCCAGGCUCUUUAUUUCAACAGUUUUGCAUUCACUGUUGUCAUUUACAAGAGGGGACACGCAGCGGGUCUGCAGACACGCAGCUCUAUGCCCUCCGACAGCAGCGCAUGAGAAAAUAAAAAGGAGAGAAAGUGCGCAAGUUAAGUGGCUUACACUCUCCGGGCUCCAGCAUGGCGUAUCCUCAGGGCUACUUGUACCAGCCGUCCGCCUCUUUAGCCCUAUAUUCUUGCCCUGCGUACAGCACAAGCGUUAUAUCGGGGCCCAGAACCGAGGAACUUGGGAGAUCCUCUUCGGGAUCUGCGUUUGCGCCCUACGCCGGAUCUACCGCUUUCACCAGCGCUUCGCCAGGGUACAACUCCCAUUUACCAUACAGUGCAGACGCGGCGGCAGCGGCAACAUUCACCUCAUACGUGGGUUCUCCCUAUGAUCACACCACGGGUAUGGCCGGCUCAAUAGGAUACCACCCUUACGCAGCACCCUUGGGUACCUACCCUUAUGGUGACCCUGCAUACCGUAAAAACGCAACCCGGGACGCCACCGCCACCCUGAAGGCCUGGCUCAAUGAGCACCGCAAAAACCCCUAUCCCACCAAGGGCGAAAAGAUCAUGCUGGCCAUCAUCACCAAAAUGACCCUCACGCAGGUGUCCACCUGGUUUGCCAACGCAAGAAGAAGGUUAAAGAAAGAGAACAAGAUGACCUGGACGCCCCGGAACCGAAGCGAGGACGAAGAGGAAGACGAGAACAUUGAUUUGGAGAAAAACGACGACGACGAGCCAAGCAAGCCUUUAGACAAGGGAGACUCAACAGACACAGAAGCAGAUCACAAACUACUGAACCCAGGGGACAUGGGCUGUGACAGAUUUAAAGAAGAGAACCAUGGCAAAGAUCUGGAUCCCCUUUUGAGCGACUCGGAGUUAAAAGACCAAGAGGAGCGGACUACAGAGUUGCUGCCGGAUUCCGCAAAACCAACGACUUCGUCUCCUUCGGCGGUGCCCCGGGGGAACCAGAGCGUUGCGCAACAAGACAAGCCGUCAGAUUUGAGCCACGCACCGAGUGCGGUGACCAGCAACGUCACCUCUGUUAUCCACUCACCACCUUCGGCCCCUAAACCCAAACUUUGGUCUCUUGCGGAGAUCGCCACGUCCUCAGACAGGUGUAAGGGCAGCGUCGAGGCGUCACAGGCAUGCCCGGGUUUGGGGCAAAGCGCUGCGAUGGGCAACAACGCAUCUCCAUCACGGUCCUCCCCUCAGUGUCCGCUUCCCAACAACACGGUUCUGUCCAGGUCUCUGUACUACACCUCCCCUUUCUACCCCGGCUACACGAACUACGGUGGCAGUUUUGGACACCUUCACAGUAACCAUGGCUCAGUAACCACGGGCUCCACGGCACAUUUCAAUGGAUUAAACCAGACUGUGUUAAAUAGAGCAGAGGCUUUGGUAAGGGAGAGCCAGAAAGUCAGAGGCCAAACGCAGGUAGAUCUUUGUAAAGACUCCCCUUAUGAACUAAAGAAAGGUAUGUCAAACAUUUGAAUAUUUUCCACUCAACGCGGACUUUUAUUUAUUAUUAUUAUUAUUAUAAUUAUUAUAAUUAUUAUUUGUGGUUGCAUUAAAAAAGAUAAAAAGAACAAUGAUAAAAUUCUGAGAAGUUAUUUUCUGAGUAAAUGCUUAUUCUCAAAUUUUUAGUUUCUGAAUGGUUAAUCCUAAAUGUAACAAGAAUGGUCUUAAUUGCUGCAGCCGCCUGAGUCUAUUUGUAUUAAAGACUAACAUGUAUAUUUAAUGUAGCAUUUUUGUAUUUAAAAUGGACAACACACUAUCUUUGAAGUAAAUUAUGGAGAAAAAAUACUUGUGCAGCAAUUAUUUGGGGGAACAGCUGGCAGUGCUGUAUCGACGGUGCCAAACUAUGCGGAAUUUUCAUUCCUUUUUGCACAGUGACAGAUAGUUCAAAGGUAAUUAUUUUUUAAAUAGCAAAGCAGUGGGAGUUUGGAUAACUUGAAAAGAAAGGGGCUGCAUUCAGAUGAAGGAUGUUGCAGUGUUUAAACAAUAAGAAGGUUCAGUUUGAUUUUAUUAGUGCAUUUAUUCAGAGGGGUAUAUGGUUUAUUUUCCUUUUCUCUUUAAAAUACACAAAGGAAGCAUUUUUUUCCUGUUUGGUAGCUUCUAAAAUUAGAUAUUGAUAUGAUAACAACACCAAGUCAUUUAAUCCAAUUACCUUUCGUGUUUUAUGCAGAGCAAUCAGGUGGUGAACUCUGGUAAUGAGCUCGAUUUUAUGCCAAAUUUAGAUCUCAUUACUAUUUUCAAAGGCGUGGCAAAAUUGUUAAAAGGGACGCGACCAUGCAUUUAAAACAUACUGGCCUAUUAUAUAUCAUUAAUGGAGAGUCUCUUUAAUGGGCACGUUAGAUGUGGAUGUUUGGAGCAAAGGGAGAAUGUUGGCAUGCACGCUGCCGAUACAGAAAGAUAUUGUGAGGGUGUGUGCAGCCGGUAGGCAGCAGGCAGUGUCUUCUAACUCUUCCAACUUCUGCAGGUAGGUGUCACACUUGCUCUUAAUUUCAGGAGGGGGUGGAGUGGGGACAUGGAGGGGAGUCUGUUAAUCCGUCACGGAAACCCAUCCCCGAUCAAAUGACCUGGUGGAAAAAAAAAAAAAAAAAAAAAAAAAAAAGGAGUGGAGCCACUGGGGGAA